AUAUACACUCGAGAUAGAUCGGCGAGAAUUCCGGCCGGACACCGAGAUCGAGGCGGCGUAGGGCCGGGAAGGGUCUCCUCGGACGGAAACCGUCUCGGUUAGAUGGGCGUUGGGAAAGCGCGCGGUUGACCGCGUAGAUCGAUUUGGGCAUGUCUGUCGUCGACACCUAGGAGACGAGAGACGCGAGCCUCGUGCGAGAGAGAGAGAGAGAGAGAAAGCUCGAAAAGUUGUCGGUCGCCCUCGACGUUACCUCCUACUCGGAGCCCGACUGCUGCGGCCACGUCGGUCCUCAUGGUGUGUGAACGUCGGCUGCGUCGUUAAGCAUAUCCCUCGGCGAGUUCCUCGUUCCGGAUUGUAGCAUGUAAUUAGACUAUGACAGCGAUGGAUUCCGAUUCCGAGAGUCAGGACAGCGAUGACGGACGGCGGUUUCGUUUCGAGGCCACGCGCAAGGACUCGGUCGCGCCUGUGGACACCGCGGAUCGAACGAGGACGUCUAAGAAGAAGCACAGAGCGUCGUCCCACAGCGAGGCGGGAAGUUAUCGGGACAGGAAGGAGCGAUCCAAGCAGCACGAGAGCGGAGCCAGCAAGACGGACGACAAGGACGUCAGACACUCCGCGAAGCACUCGAAGCACGAGUUGAGAAACUCGAGACAGGAGGACGGCAAGAAUUCGCACAAAGAGCACAGGGAGGGCAGGUCUGGAUUCGCCGCGAACGACAGAGGCCCCAGAAAUUCCAACGGCGGCGACGCGAGGGAGAGAUCGCGCGACGCGAAACGGCAGGGUUCGGACCGGGAUCGGAGCGUUCACCGGGCGCAACGCUCGCGGGAGCACUCGUACGAGAGGAACUAUCACGACGAGCGCGCGUCGAACGACAAGCACCGAGGUCGGUAUCACGAGAGGCACAAGCAUCGUUCUCGCGACAGGAGUCGAGACAGAUCCCACCAGUCGGGUAGAGUCAAGCCCUCGGGCGACGAUCAUCGGCCGCGGGAGGAUCACGGGAGGCACGAGUCCUCGAGGAAGAUAUCGGUGAAGGAGAACAGGUCGCAAAACACGAGGGACCACUCCUCGCCGAGGAACACCGCCGAGCAGGAGCGCGGUCACAGCGAGACUCGCUCGAGCGAGAACGCCAAGAAGGCGGACUCGCCGAUGGCGGAGGCUCAGGACUGCAAGGAUCUCGAUCUGUCGCAAUUCGACGUUCUGUCGGAGACCGACGAGAACAUGUCGGACGGCCGGGAUUCCGAGAGCCGAAUACCAUCGUCCCCGCGCUCGCGUAAGAUCAAGCUGAAAAGACACGAUUCCGAGAUCCGGCCGGAAAGUCACGCGAGGCGCGAGAACGACGACGGGGCCGGCGAGAGAAAACGGCGGGAGGAAUUAAAGGUAAAGAGGAGGAGGUACGAUCCGGCAUCUGGUUCCAGUAAUAAUAAUCCUAGUGCCGUUUCAGAUUCCUUACACAGCUCCGCAUCGUACGCGUCGCUCUUGGUAGCGAGAGACACACGUGUGGACUCUGAGAGAGAUAAGUCUGAGUAUUGUGAAGAGGAGAGAAUGCUUAUUCGCGACAGUAACGUCGAAUGUUCGAAUUCGGGAGAGAGAUAUUCGCGCUCUAACGUUUCUUCGGACGGGACACGGUUAAUCGAGAGAGACACGGGCCAAGCCGGAUCCACGUACGGUCCGCUUUUACCACCGGGAUUCGCGUCUAAUGCGCCCGACGGUGAUGAACUCGAUUUCGAGACGAAGACUCUCGACGGCGAUAAAGUCGACGUUGAGAUCGAUGGGAAAAAUACGAAUUUUAUUGGACCUCGUUCGCCACCUCGUUUAAACGAUCGUCGAAGCAUGGAGCGAGAUGACGCAGCGGAUGCUGUCGCUUCUGCGGAGGCGACCGCUGUUUUCGGUCCAGCACUGCCACCACAUUUGUUACAACGACAACGGAAGAACGAUUCGCGGGACAGAAUUAUCGGCCCUGUGCUACCCGGCAUGAUGGAAUCGCGCGAAGAUGAUCCGAUUGCGUCUCCGGAAUCCGACGAUGACUCUGCGAUAGGUCCUCUGCCUGUGGAUCAUCCAGCUCUGAGAACCAGCCGCGUACACGAGCAGUUGGAUCUGAGAGCGCGAAGAAUUAGGGACGAAAAAUAUUCGGAAGAGAUCGAUGACGGAAACAAGCGUGAGGAAUGGAUGACCGAGUUACCACCCGCUCAAGCUGCUAAUCUCGGACUAGGCCCGCGCAAAUUCAGGCUUCGAGACGGCCCAGAUAUGUCAGAUAGAUCAUGUUGGACCGACACACCGGCACAAAGAGCUCGGAAGCAGAUGGACUUGGAAACAAAACGAUUCAGAGAAUCGGAGAAAAAGCAUGUAAACGAAUGUCACACGAAGGAAACGGACAAAAGCGGAAAACGCGAGAAAUCGCUAUUAGAAAUGCACCAAAGCAAGAUUGCCAAGAAAAAGAAGAAAGAGGAAAAGGAAGCAAAACGGAGUGGGAUAUCAACGAGAAGGCCAUUUGACAGAGACAUCGAUUUGCAAGUCAAUCGAUUUGAUCAGGCGCAAAAGAAGACUGUUCUGAUGAAGGCGCAGCUGCUCGACGAUAGGUUCUCGCGCGGGCAAAUUUAACGUAUUCGAAUUUUUACGGGGAAUAAAAUAAUGAAUUGUAAAUAAUUGCAAACUGUAAAGGAAGUUAUAUUCUAUAUUAAAUAUAUUGAUUUGCAAGUUAAUCGAUCAGACACAGAGAGAAAGACUAUUGAUGAAAGUGCAGUUGCUCGACGAUAGAUUUCCACGUAGACGAAUUUUAACGGGGUUUGAAUUCUCACGAGGGGGGGGGGGAAGGAGGAAGAUAAAAUUACGGUAACUGUAAAUAAUUGUUAAUUGCAAUGGAACUUAUAAUCUACAUUAAGUACAUUCAGAAAUUGGCAGAUAUCGAAUGUUGUUUAUAACGGUGCCUUGAAUCAACAGACUUUGCCAUCUUGACUGACAGUUUUACAUGUUACAAAUGUUUUUAGCCGAAUACGCACUCGUAUCAGUCUCUCGUUGCAUCUGUGUCUUUCUAAUCGUGAUUUUUUUACGGCGCACUUUUUAUAAAACGACAUUUUGCUGUCGGAGUCAACUAUAACUUUCGGCAAAUUUUUAUUUCGAUUUAAAUCAGUUUCUCAGCUUUCUCCGAAAACGAAUGUGCUGUAGGUAUAUUGUGUUACGGGAUAUUGUUACAAAUUCGAUUUUGUAACGAAUCGAAUUGUAUCGUUUUAGAUAAGGCUCUUUUUUUUUCCAGUCGUAUUUCCUGCACAUAUUUCGUAAUGUGCAACGCAACGAUGCAUAAAUUUACAGAUCGAAGAUUUUAUAAAUGCUGUGGCUCGUAAAUGUAUAUAGCGUUGUUCCGUAUGUGAUGUAUGCAUAAAAAAGAAGCGCCAGUUACGCGUACGUAAUAAUAAUAAUAAUAAUAAUAACAAUUGUACGGUACAUAUUUCUGCUCAUGUGUAAAGUAGAUUAUACCGCUCGUUGUUUGUUCGUCGUAUUUUCUAUAAGUGAGACAGUACAAAACUACAGAAUAUAAUGCGAUAUAACUUGGGCACUGUUGAUACGUAUCUUGGCAGGUACAUAUCAGCGUGGCUAUAGCGAGUACAAGAAUGUUGUCACACACUUGUACUUUCGAGAUUAGAUUAGAAGACACAUCACUGACUCCACGUACACAUUUCCAACGGCGGUUUCUGUAUUUUUUACGGGCCCGACAAGUUAAACGUUCUCAAAAUUAUUUUAUUUCAAUUAUUGACACUAUACCUUAUAAGUGACGACACGUUAAGAAGACGAUUGAUGAAACUUGGUAUCUCAAGAGUUGGAAGAUCUGAAGGAUCUCAAGACUUCGCAUUAGCUUAUACUGAUCUUCGUGGAUCUGCUAUCGCACUUUCUCUGUCAGAGACAAGAGAUACGUAUGAUUAUCAAAUUUAUAUCAUUCGAUAAUUGUUUAUUAUUUUUUUUGCUGAGAAUUUAUGUAAAUUUCUGGAUUUAUAUACACAAAAAUAAAAUAUGUUUUGAUUAAAAGUUUGACUAAUAUGUCUAUCCUAUCCUUCGUUUCUCAUAAUUGUCGACGUUAUAGUCUGCAGUAUUACAUAAUUUUGCGUGGACAAUAUGCGGUAGUGAUUAGUAUUUUAGUGAAAUAUAGAAGAUAAAAGAGAUAAUAAAAUAAACGAAAAAAUAAAAUAAGUGUUCAGUUUACUGUUUUGAUGCUUUGAGAAUAUAAAAACAUCUUUCAUCUAUAGUUAUUAAAUCAUAUAAGUUUAGCAAACUAAUUGCUGAUUAUAGUUGUUAAAGCAUCGAAACAGCAAAUUAACUGAGCAUUCAACUUAAUUAUUUAUUUAUCCUCUGCUUCAUUAAAACAUUAAUUGAUGCCUUUCAAACAGAAAUUACGUAAAAAUUAUAAAGGAUACAACAUAAUUAGAGAGAUAUUAAGAUAUAAUUAGAUGUUACAUAAGAUGUUAUAUAAGAUGUAACCAACAUAAUAUUAAUAACUAAUUCCUAUAUAAUAUCUAUAAUAAUAUUAAUUAUUUCUCUUUCUCGAGAGAAGAAAAAAAGAAGUGUCCGGGUCGUCCGGGGGUUCAAUCCGGUUCGUAAAUGAACGAACUUGAGGCUCAAGUCGCGUGCCGAGGCCGCGUCUCGCCCACGCGCGCACGCGAUUGGCCGCGGGUCCUACGCACUUGUGCUUGCCGUGCGAGUCCGACCGACUGACAGCUCCGUCACAUCAGUCAGCGAUUCCGCAGCCGUUUCCUUCGCUCGGCGAGCGACACCGAUCCGCUCGAUCGACGCCGCCGUCGAUCGCUCUCGCUCCGCCGUUGUUCGUCGUCGCCGUACCCUGCCUGCCGUCGUCCGAGAGUUCAUGCGAACGAGCGAUCGAAGAGUGAGACGCAGCUAACCUCGAAAACGUUCGUGCGCGCCCGUGACGUGCCCGUCCCUUCCGUCGCCGUCCCGAGGUCCAGGAGGUCCCGCCCGGGAAGAAUCCGUGAGAAACGUUCCCCGGAACGGAUAAGGACAGUCGAGGCAGCAGGAAAAGGAGGCAAGAGGAGAAGUGCGAAGAGGAAUCACCUCCCCCCUCCCCCUCACCCUGAGAGGAACCCCCCGUCAAUGGCCGGUCGUGGAGCGCUUCGCGACGUCGAGUGACCAAUGGUCGCGUGCGGAUGAGAGCCUCGCGUGGCUCGACCUCGAGAAGGCGGCCCCCGGCUGCGCUUUUUACAAUGCACUAUCUGUCUGCGCGUUGGCUGUCACUCUUCGUCAUAUCAGCGGAGUAAAAAACCCAGCAACCGUAGAAUGAGCCACUCGAGCGAGAUCUCGGGGAGAUAUUGAAUUUAGAU